AUGGCUCACGAAUUUACUGAAGAACAAGUUGCUGAAUUCAAGGAUGCCUUCGAGCUCUUCGACCGAACCGGUCAGGGCUUGAUCAAGUGGGAAGAAUGCUGCAACUUGGCCCGAUGCUUCGGUUACAAUCCUGCUGAAUAUACAGUUCAAGUUCUUCUCGCUGGUGGAGACGAAGAAAACCUCCCAUCAAAAGAAGACAUGGCGACAAAGUCCCUUCCAUUCGAAGAUUUUCUUCCUAUUCUUUGGGCGAUUUCCAACACUGCCGAUCCAGGAAGCUAUGAAGAUUUCCUCGAAGGUCUUAAAGUCUUUGACAAGGAUGGGAACGGAACUGUCAACUCUGCUGAAUUGCGUCAUGUUCUUACUUCUCUUGGUGAAAAAUUGACUGGCGCCCAAUUUGAUGACCUUAUCGAAGGCAUGGAAGGAUCAAACGGCCAGAUCGUGAUCGAAGACUUCAUCAAAAAAGUCAUGUGCGACGAUGAGCUUGCUCCUGCUGAAGCUUAA